CAGAAAUGUCUGAAUACAUUACAUGAAAAGCGAAAAAGUCUCAUUUUCUGUUGUUUUUCAAGGAAACCAAUACUGUGCUUAAAGCAAGAAAGAGAAAAGGCAGAGAUGCAGAGAGAGGUAAAGGUUAAAAAUGGUGGGAAUCUUUUCUCGUUUUCCAUGUAUAGCCGAUCCCACAGCACCAGAACCACCGCUGUCUGUGUGUGUUUCUCUCUCCCCUCUGGUGGCUUGUACCAGUGCUACUACUUCUUUUCAUGUGCUCUUACUCUGUCCUUUUCUUUUCUGUUUUACUCUCUCUCUCUUUCUCUCCCCCCCCCCUCGAGUUCUUGAUGGUGGUUGUGUUUCUGGGGUGAACUAAUGCCUGUUCCUCAAUGGGUUUUUCAUGUGGAGAUGCAUUUGACGAAAAAGAAACCCAAGUUCCAUUGAGAGAGGAAAUUGGAGAGAAGGGCCGCAACGGUGGUGCCAGUACGAGAGGUCAGGAAAUGGAGGUCGAAUUCGAGUUCAAGCCAAUGGAAUACCCCCUCGAAUUCAAGCCAACAGAAUGCCAUCCUGUUGAGUUCAAGCCUAUAGAAUACCACCCUGUUGAGUUCAGGCCAACAGAAUAUCACCCUGUUGAGUUCAAGCCAAUAGACCACCCUGCCGAGUUCAAGCCAAUAGACCACCCCAUCGAGCCGUCUGAUGAAGACAGACCCGUGAAGUGCCCGAUUUCGGGUUCUUCAGUUCUAAAUGAUGGAGGAAUGCGGGAGGAGCGUUUUUCUGAAAGCUUGCGGAAGAGGGUCGAACUAUCUUCAAUGGUGAACGAAGAAGGGAUUAUAGUGGUACCCACAGAGCCUCCUGCUCGAGCAGUACGUAAGAGGCAUCACACUCUUACUCUUGACCAUGCAGUUCUUCCACCCUUGUUUGGGGGAGGCCUUCUUUCACCUCAGUCACCUCAUAAUAUGGCCAGCUUCCACCAAGCACUUGAACAAUGCAAUGAGUUUGACUCUUGUCAAGACAUUACUGCCAUUAUUGAAUGACAAGGAUUUAACCAUAGAUUAGUAAGCUAUCUUGAACUUAAUGGAUAGAGCACCCCAAUUCAUAAAUUUUAGAAUUCUAGUAAGGAGUGGAAGUAUCUAUUAGAUUAUAACGACUAGUGUUCUGUAUAGAAUCAUGUAACUGUGCUAGAGUCACUGUCUACAUUAUCUUAGAUUAAAUGUAUUACCAAAAAAAGAUGUUCAGUUCUAUGGUGUGAUAACUUAUUGGACAGUCAAUAUUCAUUCCUCAGCUCUUGUGAGUC